GGCGGACUCCCAAUCGCAGGGGGCGCUCUAGAUCAGCCUCGCGCUCGAUGCUGAGGCUCCGCUCUAGCCUCCGGGACGCUGCUCUAUGGUCUUGAGCAGGGGGACAAGCUGCUGCUUUUUGUCCUGACGCGGCGAGAGCGCGCAGGGCGCGUGCGCACGCGGAGGUGCUCGGUUUCGCGCGGACCGUGUGAGGUUCGGAGCGGAGAGGCGAGAGGCGGCUGCGGACCCACGGAGCGGCAGACCGAGCGGCCCCUGCGGCCCGCGGCGGCCAGGCGGCCCGAGAUGUUGUCUGGGAAGAAGGCGGCGGCGGCGGCAGCGGCGGCGGCGGCAGCAGCGGCUGGGACAGAGGCCGGGCCCGGGGCGGCGGGCGGCGCCGAGAACGGCUCUGAGGUGGCCGCGCCGCCCGCGGGCCUGGCGGGCCCCGCCGACAUUGCUACGGGGGCGGCGGGCGAGCGCACUCCCCGAAAGAAGGAGCCUCCGCGGGCCUCGCCGCCCGGAGGCCUGGCCGAGCCGCCUGGGUCCGCCGGGCCUCAGGCGGGGCCCACAGCCGGGCCCGGCUCCGCUACACCCAUGGAGACAGGAAUAGCCGAGACCCCGGAGGGCCGACGGACCAGCCGACGCAAGCGGGCGAAGGUAGAAUACAGAGAAAUGGAUGAAAGCUUGGCCAACCUCUCAGAAGAUGAAUAUUAUUCAGAAGAAGAAAGAAAUGCCAAAGCAGAGAAGGAGAAGAAGCUUCCCCCGCCACCUCCUCAAGCCCCACCUGAGGAGGAAAAUGAAAGUGAGCCCGAGGAGCCGUCUGGUGUGGAGGGUGCAGCUUUCCAAAGCAGACUUCCCCAUGACCGAAUGACCUCUCAGGAAGCAGCGUGUUUCCCAGACAUCAUCAGUGGGCCUCAGCAGACACAGAAGGUUUUUCUGUUCAUCAGGAAUCGCACAUUGCAGUUAUGGUUGGACAACCCAAAGAUUCAGCUGACAUUUGAAGCUACGCUCCAGCAGUUAGAAGCACCUUAUAACAGUGACACUGUACUUGUCCACCGAGUUCAUAGUUACUUAGAGCGCCACGGUCUUAUCAACUUCGGCAUCUACAAGAGGAUAAAACCUUUACCAAUUAAAAAGACAGGAAAGGUGAUUAUUAUAGGCUCAGGUGUUUCUGGCUUGGCAGCAGCUCGACAACUACAGAGUUUUGGGAUGGAUGUCACACUUCUGGAAGCCAGGGAUCGUGUAGGUGGACGGGUCGCUACAUUUCGAAAAGGAAACUAUGUAGCUGAUCUUGGAGCCAUGGUAGUAACAGGUCUUGGAGGAAAUCCCAUGGCUGUCGUCAGCAAACAAGUAAAUAUGGAACUGGCCAAGAUCAAGCAAAAAUGCCCACUUUAUGAAGCCAAUGGACAAGCUGUUCCAAAAGAGAAAGAUGAAAUGGUAGAACAAGAAUUUAACCGGUUGCUUGAAGCCACCUCUUACCUUAGUCAUCAGUUAGACUUCAACGUCCUCAAUAAUAAACCUGUGUCCCUUGGCCAGGCGUUGGAGGUUGUCAUUCAGCUACAAGAAAAGCACGUCAAAGAUGAGCAGAUUGAACACUGGAAGAAGAUAGUGAAAACUCAGGAGGAAUUGAAAGAGCUUCUCAAUAAGAUGGUAAACUUGAAGGAGAAAAUUAAAGAGCUCCACCAGCAAUACAAAGAAGCUUCAGAAGUGAAGCCGCCCAGAGAUAUUACAGCUGAGUUCCUAGUGAAAAGCAAGCACAGGGACCUGACUGCCCUCUGCAAGGAAUAUGAUGAAUUAGCUGAAACACAAGGAAAGCUAGAAGAAAAACUUCAAGAAUUGGAAGCCAAUCCCCCAAGUGAUGUAUAUCUCUCAUCAAGAGACAGACAAAUACUUGACUGGCAUUUUGCAAAUCUUGAAUUUGCCAACGCCACACCUCUCUCUACCCUCUCUCUUAAACAUUGGGAUCAGGAUGAUGACUUCGAGUUUACUGGCAGCCACCUGACAGUGAGGAAUGGCUACUCGUGUGUGCCUGUGGCUUUAGCUGAAGGUUUGGACAUUAAACUGAACACAGCAGUGCGGCAGGUUCGCUACACAGCCUCAGGAUGUGAAGUGAUUGCUGUGAACACACGCUCCACAAGUCAGACCUUCAUUUAUAAGUGUGACGCAGUGCUCUGUACCCUUCCUUUGGGAGUGCUGAAGCAGCAGCCACCAGCUGUUCAGUUUGUGCCGCCUCUUCCUGAGUGGAAAACAUCCGCAGUCCAAAGGAUGGGAUUUGGCAACCUUAACAAGGUGGUGCUAUGUUUUGACCGUGUGUUCUGGGAUCCAAGUGUCAAUUUGUUUGGGCACGUUGGCAGUACAACUGCUAGCAGGGGCGAGCUCUUCCUCUUCUGGAACUUAUAUAAAGCUCCAAUACUCUUGGCUCUGGUAGCAGGCGAAGCUGCUGGCAUUAUGGAGAACAUUAGUGAUGAUGUGAUUGUCGGCCGGUGCCUGGCCAUUCUCAAAGGGAUUUUUGGCAGCAGUGCAGUACCACAGCCCAAGGAAACUGUGGUGUCUCGUUGGCGUGCUGAUCCCUGGGCCCGGGGCUCCUAUUCUUAUGUGGCUGCAGGAUCUUCUGGAAAUGACUAUGAUUUAAUGGCUCAGCCAAUCACUCCUGGUCCCUCAAUUCCAGGUGCCCCACAGCCAAUUCCAAGACUCUUCUUUGCUGGAGAACAUACAAUCCGCAACUACCCAGCUACGGUCCAUGGUGCUCUGCUGAGUGGGCUUCGAGAAGCAGGAAGGAUUGCCGACCAGUUUUUGGGAGCCAUGUACACGUUGCCUCGUCAGGCCACACCGGGUGUCCCUGCACAGCAGUCCCCAAGUAUGUGAGACAAAUGGUUCUGAAAAAGAGGUCUAACGGACAUGCCAGCUGCCAUUGUAAGCAAGCUCCUCUAGCAAUACUAGAUCCGACUCCCAUGUCAUCAGCUGCUGGGACUCCGAGUUUGACAGCAGAGGCUGGCUCCUUUGGCUGACAGCACAGAGAGGAACUCACCCAUUGACUUAGAAGUGCAGCUCCAUAAAGACUUGAGAAGCAGGUGGUGUAAGAUAACCUCUUAGUCUAUUUGGUGUUUGUUUUGUUUUUUUAAUAUAUUUUGAGAAUAAAACUUUAAAAUAAUUUUAUAUGAAAA